AUGUCGCAUUCCUCGGACCUGGAGGAAGCUAUGAAGCCCUUUGCUCAAAAAUCUGAGAUCGCUCACAUUGAAAGCAAUGUUGAAAGUGGCACCAAGUCAACGGGCCCUUUGGAGGUUGAGAAGCCUGAUCUGUUAAAACAGUACACUGACGAAGAGAUCGAUGCUUUUCACAAAAAAAUAACAUUGAAGGUGGAUUUACGCUUGAUCCCAAUGUUGGUUCUUUUGUAUAUUCUCAACUACCUCGACAGAAAUAACAUCGCAAGUGCAAGACUAGGCGGUUUGGAAGAGGAUUUGAAUUUGGAAGGCAACCAAUACCAAACAUGUAUUUCGAUUCUCUUUGUUGGUUACAUCCUCAUGCAGAUUCCAGCUAACAUGUUUUUAAACAAAUUCAAGAAACCCUCCAUUUUUAUUGCCGCCAUUAUGGGUGGCUGGGGUACCGUUUCUACCUGUACUGCUGCAGUACAGGAUUUCGGUGGUUUAUUGGCAAUCCGUUUGAUUUUGGGAUUUGUUGAAGCUGGUUUCUUUGGCAGUUGUCUCUAUGUUUUGUCUUGUUGGUACACUAGAAGCCAGCUCGGUUUCAGAAAUUCGCUAUUAUAUUCGGGCUCUUUGCUUUCUGGUGCCUUUUCAGGUUUGAUCGCGGCAGGUAUCAUCGAUAACAUGGACGGCCUUCACGGUUUGAGAUCAUGGAGAUGGUUAUUUAUCGUGGAGGGUGCCAUUACAGUUGGUAUUGCACCAAUCGCGUACUUCGUGUUGCCAGAUAUGCCUCAUAACUCAAGAAUGUUGAAUGACUUUGAAAAAGAUGUUCUUUUGUACAAAAUCAGAUGUGAGACAGGCCAAGAUGAUAGUGACGAAACAAACGAGGAGUCUUACUGGGGUGCUUUCAAGUUGGCUGUCUCCGAUAUUAAGGUUUGGGCAUGUUGUGGUAUUCUCUCUUGGUUAGUUGCCGCAGCUGGUGUUACCAACUUCUUCCCCUCAAUUGUCGAAACAUUGGAAUUUAAUCGUGUUAUUACAUUGUGUUUGACUGCUCCUCCAUAUAUUCUUGCUGUCAUUGCAACUUUUAUCUGGGCACUUCAUGCUGAUAAGACGGGUGAAAGGUUUUGGCAUGUCGUCUCACCUUUGGUAGUUGCACUUGCAUCGUUCAUCAUUGCCGUUUCCACCUUGAAUACUGGAGCCAGAUAUUUUUCGAUGGUGAUAAUGGUCCCGUCUAUCUACUGUUCCUUCACAACUAUCUUAUCAUGGAUGUCAAACUCUUGUCCACGUCCUCCGUUAAAGCGUGCGAUUGCUCUUUCCUUGAUGAACUGUUUGUCGAACUCGGCCUCAAUCUGGAAUGCAUACUUAUAUCCUUCAUCAUCGGCUCCUCGUUAUUCGGUCGCCUUCAUCUGCAACUGUGUUUUUGUUGCUCUCGCUAUUGUCUGCGCCGUUGCUUUAAGAUGGAGAUUACAGAUUUUGAACAAGAGGAUCGAUAAUGGUACCAUGAACUGGGAGAAAGAGUUGGGUAAGGGUAAUGAUGGUUCAGAAGUGAAGGACGACUUUAGAUUCUUGAUUUAA